GUCUCUGCAGGGUGCUCAUUACUAGAUGCUUUUUCUUAGAAGUUCAGGCUUGAAUUGAUUCCCCAAGAUGUUUGCAAAAGCAACGAAGAAUUUUGUGAGAGAAACUGGUGGUGGAGGUGACUUGAUCCCUGUCUCUCACUUGAACGACUCAGACAAGCUGCAGCUUCUGAGCUUAGUUACAAAGAGGAGGAAAUUCUGGUGCUGGCAGAAGCCCAAAUAUCAUUUCUUGACAGUCACCCUGAGUGAUGUGCUUACCGAAGAUGAACCGAUAAAACCAGUAAUUGUGGAGUCUGACUUUGCAAAAUACAUGGGGAAAUUUGAAGAUUUUGUUCAAGGAAGUAUCGAAACGUCAUUUGGAAAGAUCAGCCUGGGAGCUGGAGGGAAGGGCUAUGUGGAAAACCAGUCCUCAUUUGGAAACCUGAGGAAGCAGGAGAUUGACUUGCAGCAGCUUAUGAAAGAUGUCAAGGACAGAACAAUAAAGCUAAGCAGCAGUUUACUUCAACAAGUAAUAGAAAGAAAACGAGAAGUGCUGUGCAUCUUGAGAGAAAAGAUAAUAACAACUCAGAAGUGCACGAUAUCUGAACAUAUCCAGACAGAAGAAAAAAUCAGCGGUGUGAUAGGAUGCAGCGCAAGAAUAGUAAAGGUUUCAGUGAGUGAAGAUGGAAGUAUGGGGAAGGAUUCCAGUGUGAUCCUUGAAAUUCCUCCUGCAACCACUAUUGCCUACGGUGUAAUUGAACUGUUUAUAAAGCAGAGUGGCCAGUUUGAAUUCUGUCUGCUAGAUGAUCAGCAAGGAGGUUUUGAAAAAGCGAGCGCAGAAGGCUCAGCUUAUCCCCACUCAGCACUGUUCAGAGACGCUUCGUUUCUCUAUCAGCCAGAUGCUGUUGAUAACGAGACGUACUCCGGGGUCGAACACGUCGUUCCCAGUGAUGCUGCUUUAAGUGUAUUGAGACAAGAUCUGUCACGGUUGAAGACUCAGUUCCAGCCCUUUGUGAAGCUGCCGGAAGACAAGCAAAGAGCUUUGUAUGAAACCCUCUGUGAACUCUUGCUCAAGGAAGAAAUGGUCACGGCCCUGGAGGACGUGUUAGAUGAUAUCUGCACAGGGGACAAGCCAGAUCUGAGGGAGUUAAAACCUGCACAACAACAAGACCUUGCUGACUUGUUGCAGCUCUUAGGGUGCAGUUUGCAGAGUGAGCUGAUGGUGCAGAAAUAUCAGCCUCAGGACAAAGAACUCUUCUCAGCUGCUCACCUCCUCAUCAGUGCUAUCUCUGAGCUCUCUGAUUACACUCUUGUCCUGCUGCGGGCUUGCUGUGAUCUUCAGGUUGUUCCAGCCUUGUGUUGUCUGCCUAACAUCACCUCGGCUGACGGCAGUGUGGCGCUGAGCAGCCCUUUGGUGGCUCCUCUCACGGACAGAGGAAGAUUUGAUGUCGUGCAAAGACUGUUUGCUUCAUCCAACAUUAAUUUGGAAAUGACAGAGUCUUCUGUAAAAGCUGUAACUAUGAAAGAACCGCGAUUCUCCCCGCUUGUUCUUUAUGUUGCAUUGUAUGGGUUUGAUGCUUUAGGCGUGAAUGUGUAG